AUGAUUUUUUCAAAUACACGGCUAUUUUACAAAAUACCUCAUUGCCGAUGUUUACCCGGUAACAUUUUUGAGAGGAAUUGCAAAAUAGUUCGAAGUGUUAUGUCUGGUGUUACUGAGGAAAAUAAUUCUAGUAGUGAAGUCAACGAUAAGGAUAAAAUUAUACCUGACCUAUCGAAUUUUAUAUUCAAAAGAGUUUUAUGUGAUUUUGGACAAAGAAAGACUAUUUGUGUGGAAGGCUCGUUUGCAGACAGGGAAGGGAAGGCUGUAAUUUGGUUGGAAAAGACACCUUUUAGUGAAGAAAUAGUGAAAAAGUUGUCUACUAACAAAAGUAUUUUAAAGAAAGAAUUCAUUAAUGAUGUUUAUGGUAGCUAUGCUUGCCAGAUUGAUCCUAAUUUGAAUGCAUUAAAAACAACUAUAAUAUAUCCAGCUACAGAACAACACAUUAAUAAAUUUGAAGAGAAACCUAUUUACUUAAUCGAGGAAACCAAAGAACUCUAUGAAAGCAUAACUUUACCACAUAUUAACCAAGAACAGUUUGAUUUAACUUGGGUAUACAAUGUUCUUGAUCACAAAAAGGAGACAGAACGAAUUGUAUUUGAAGAUAGCGAUCCAUCAAUUGGUUUUGUUUUGAUCCCUGAUUUGAAGUGGAAUGGAAAACAAGUCGAAGAUUUAUAUUUAUUAGCACUCAUCAAAAAAAGAGGAAUUAAAUCAUUACGUGAUCUUAGAGGAGAACACUUACCCCUCCUGAAGAACAUACUCACCAAAGGAGUUGAUGCUAUUUCCGAAAAGUACAACAUAUCCAGAAACCAGCUUCGAAUUUUUAUCCAUUAUCAACCAACAUUUUACCAUCUUCAUGUUCAUUUUACUUACUUGAAAUUUGAAGCCCCAGGAAUUUUUGCGGAAAAGUCUCAUAUCUUGAGCACCGUGAUAAACAAUCUUGAACUGCGGAGCGACUAUUAUGAACAGUCUACAUUGCCCUUUGUUACAAGUCAGGGACAAAAUCUGUGCUUAGAGUAUAUGAGGAAAGGCAUAAUAACACCAGUUAAAGAAAACAAUUAA